AUGGCCAAAAGAAAACGAGAUUCAAGCAACACCGAUACCAAAGUCACCGCAAAUGGCGAGACCAAAGCCUCGAAAAUAAAUAAGACUAACGGACACGUCGAUGUCAAAACUACCAGUCCCGUUAUCCAAAUUAUUGCAGGUUCAUACGAACGAGUUCUGCAUGGUACUACCGCAACCAUUUCAAACCUCUUGCCAUCGAAAGAGUCCUCUCCUUCGGUUCAGUUUGCAGAUACAUUCCUUUUCAACGCUCACGCCUCUGCCGUACGAUGCUUAGCACUAUCCCCUCUUCCUGAGCCUGACUCAGGUGAAGCUCAAGGCGUCUAUCUGGCUACCGGCGGGUCUGAUGAGAAGAUCAAUGUCUACAGCCUUUCCGCAUCGGCCGUCGUGGAAAAUGGACAAGUUCCAUCAAUGCCUUCUUUGGGGAACACCACCAUUGCAGAGAAUCCGAGGAACAGAGAGCUAGGGACUCUACUUCACCAUUCAUCCAAUAUCACUGCUUUACAUUUCCCGACCAGAUCAAAACUGCUUUCUGGCUCCGAGGACAACACUAUUGCUGUCACGAGAUUAAAAGACCUCACCGUCGUCUCGACGGUCAAAGCACCGCGUCCGAAAGUCCAAGGUCAGCCUAGCGGAGACACGGCACCACCAGGUGCGACGCCGGCGGGCAUCAACGACUUCGCAGUACAUCCCAGCUUGAAGCUUAUGGUCAGCGUGGGGCGUGGUGAGAGGUGCAUGCGUCUGUGGAACCUGGUGACAGGCAAGAAAGCUGGCGUGCUGAACUUCAGCCGUGAUAUUUUGCAGAGCGUCAAAGAGGGCAAGUACAGCAGCGGUGAGGGACGGAGGAUACGCUGGAGUCCUAAUGGAAGUGAAUUUGCUGUGGCGUUCGAACGGGGCGUCGUCGUUUACGGCGAAGAUUCCAAAGUCAAGUGCCAAAUCCUCCCACAGCCUCUUACCAAAGUGCACCAGAUAUGUUACCUCUCCAUAUCUACUGAGGAGGAUGACGAGACGACCUUGAUGGCUGUGUCAACCGAAGAUGGCCGCAUUUUAUUCUAUGAUACCAAUAAAUCCACUUCAGCUUCAUCAAACGGAACCCGCAAAGACGACGCAUCCAUCCCGGAUGCAGCUCAGUGUGCCCAAGUGGGUGGAAAACAAAACGGUAUCACCAACCGCAUCAAAGACUUCGAAAUCCUGUUCCUCCCUUCUGCCUCGCCUCACAAUGACAUGGCCGUAAUUGCGGCAAGCAGCGACGGAAUGAUCCGGGUCUUCCACCUCAACGGUCCUGACCUGCUCAAGGCGGUGAAGAGCGAGAAGCCAGCACAAUUGGGAUCAAUAAUUGGCUCGUAUGAGACUGGGAACAGGAUUACAUGCUUAAAAGCAUUUGUGAUGUUGCCGUCAAAUGCUGUUCAGAAUGAAUGGGGAGACGAAGACAACGAUAUCAAGGGCUUCGAUGGCCUAAGCGAGGAGGGCAAGAGUGGAAGUGACAGCGAUGAUGAGUAG